UCUCUACGUACUUCUCGUUAUCCUUGGCUCGGCAAACAGAGCCCUUCCUGUACCGCUCGGCGGUCAAGCGGUGUUACUCACCAUCGUGGCGAUCAAUCUGGCGACUUUUGCACCGCCGUCUGUGAUGCUCCUCGUUGGAUUGGGAAGUCUGUUUGCACCGCCUCUUUGGUGGGGCACUCGAUGGCUCAUGUACUUCUCUAUCGUUCUGACAAUCGUCGCAUCCGGAAGCCUGUUAGCUGGGGCUUAUGUGUCCCUUGCCGAAGGCAAUCCCUUCGACAAGAACGGCCACAGCGAUCCCUUCGGCCUGCGCUUUGGCACACUGGCAUGGGCGGCUGGUGCGGUGCUUCUGCAGUUCACCCUCUUCGUUGUCUUGUCGGAGCCACGCAUUGCCCGUGCAUUGACCAGCCCGACGGGCGGAAGGGAAAGCGAUGGCGAUCACAACCGGCUCUCGUGCUGCGGCCGUCGGGCAAGGUGGAGACCCUCGGCGACGGCCGAGUGGAUAGCCAAGGCUCGGCAGACAGAGCCCUUCCUCUACCGCUCGGUGACCAAGCGGUGGCUCAAACGGAUGGACUAUCUCACUUUCAUUCGGUUGUAUAAACUGCUGGCCGUCGUGGGGAUGGCCGUGGAUUUCAUUACCGAUGCUGCAGUGGGGUUGGAAAUGAUCUUCCAGGGGCUGGAAGAAUUGAACUGGUCGGGGGACCCGGAAGCGCAAGGCCUAGAAGGAGAAGCACAAGGCUAUCUAGUUGUCGGUGGCGUCAUCCUGGGCCUAUCGCUGGCUGAUUUCAUAUCGCUGUUUGUCCAUUAUGGUAUCCGCAGCUCUCCCUCGCUAUGCCAACACAUCUGGAUUGCGGCCCUUGCCCUGCUGGAAGUGCCCAUCUUGGUGCUGACGAUCGUCUGGGCGAUGGAGGCCAGCAACCCGAUACUCUUCAUCGUGUCUGCCUUCUUCACUCUGGUGACGGUUCUCUCUCGAGUCGGGCCGUUCGCGUGGAGCGUAUAUGUGCGGCGAAAAGUCGGGACGGCCGCAAAGAAUACUCACGAGGUGAGCAAUGAAGAGCGAGCCUUCAACGAGAGUGAAGCCAAGAAAGUAUCUCGUGUCUUCUUGUUCGUAUGUCUGACAAAUGUCAGGGAGAGCCAUCUGUCGUAACGGAUGGCACAUCUUUGGCCGCUGAUGUAUGGCGGAAGUGUGGUAGUUUCGCCCGGUGGGUGGAUUGGAUUGACAAAUAGCUAGCUGGCCCGGUCAAUCGGACAGGGACGGAGGGCCCAAACGAUCGGUGGAUGGACGGAUGUAUGUGUCUGCAGAUGCAUGUCCGUCAGUCAGAUGCUUGUUUGCAUUUUGCAGCGAAAGGUGUGUGUACUGUAGUAUCAUGGUCUUGCCUCGAUCGAGGCCCUCUUAUUGGCUGAUCGACAUGCCCGUCUGUCUGAUAUGUAUGGGUCGUUACUUACACUCUUUUGAUGUCGCUGGUCGAUGUGUGUGUGUGUUUCCGGACCGAUCGGUGGCUGAAUGGCAGGCAGAUAUUGAGGUCGUCGGGUUGUCUUGGCAGCGAAUUUGAUGAACGAAUGACCCAAUGGAUUUACCUCUGACAGUGUGUCUGUGAAUGUGUGCGUCUGUCUGUCUGUGUGUAUCUCUCACUGUGUGUGUCUCACUGUGCGAGCGUAGUGUGCACGGUGUGUGCGUGUGUGUGUGCAUCCAUCACACACGCCCUCCUGGCUGCGCACACCCAUGCAUCCAUCCCCCCUGACAAGGGCUACUCUGCCCCAUUCUGUAUGUGUCUCUUCCUGCACACAUAGCACGUUCUCACGAGAAACAGACUCCUUCUCAUUCAGACUCGAGAAUGGCCAGGAAGUGAUUGAAUGAGUCAACGAUUGAUUGAUACUGUGAGUAGAUAUGAAUCAGCCAUUUGUAGACGGCGUGUCGAAUGCCUCUAGAUCUAUGUGUUCGUACCUGGCCGCCUCAUGCGUCUCUGAACACAGGCAACACAAGAGCAAGAACGAGCCAGGCCGGUGGUCGCCGGCGCCUGUCUCCCAUUAACGUUGAU